AUGGGGGAGGGCUCCCUUAUUUCCCUCCCUCCUUUUUUUUCUUUGUUCUGUGAAAUGUUAAUCUCCGUGAGUUUUUCCUGGUUCACAUGUUUUUGGGGGGUUUGGGGUGGGUUGGGAAUGAGAAUGGGAGUUGCGGGAGGGGAGGAUAUGGUUUGGGACUCCCAGGUCUUGACUCAGAAAGGACUUUGGAGGCACUGCCCCCCUUUAACCCUGAGUUCCUGGGGGGAUGAUGGUUUGGAACCUGCGGACCUGUGUGAGUUACACCCAGAAGGAAGGGGAGUUGAAAUCAGUUGGCUCCUCCUGGCCUCCCAGUGA